ACCUCUCCCUGGACUCUGUCGGCUUCCUCAAAGACCAGAUGGACCAGGUGUUCAGGUGAGGGAGGAUGGAUCUUUACCCCUGAAGAACCACCAUGAUGAACAACAAGCCCUUACUCACACUUCAAGAACUGGCAGUACAGAACCUUCUGAGGAAUGAGGUCUUGGCCAUCACCUCUUUGACGGACAUACCCAGACCACUCUUACCACAGCUGUUAAAGCAAGCCUAUGAUGGUAAUCAUUUUAAGGUCCUGAGGACAAUCGUGUCUUCCUGGCCUUUCCCCCGCCUCCCGCUUGGAGUUCUGAAGAAGAGGACACCCUACUUGGAGACCCAAUUACAAAUUGUCUUAGAGGAGAUUGAUAAGCUGCUUAUCCAGGAGGAUCACCCCAGGAAACACAGACUAGAAGUGCUGGAUUUACGGUCUGUGGGACAAAACUAUUGGAGUGUGUGGUCUGGGUCCGUCGAUGACUGGUUACCCAAAACCACUCAGGCAGAUCCUUGCUGUUCUAAGACACUAAUGACACAUCCCUUAAAAGUAGCAGUGAACUUGCAUCUCAAGAAUAGAGGCCAGAAUAGGCUAUUCUCCUACCUCGUCCAGUGGGCUGAUAGGAUGAAAGGGUUGUUACGGCUAUACUGUAAUGAGCUUCAGAUCUGGUCACCAGCCCAUCAAAACUACAGGAAGCUUUCACAAAAGGUGAACCUGGAGUGUGUCCAGACACUGGGCUUGCAUUCCUCCUGCAGUCCAUCCUUCUUGGUUAACUUGGCUCCUUACCUGCGCCAAAUGAGGAACCUGCGUAAACUUGUCCUCUCUGACAUCCGCAAAGAGAACAUCUCCCCAGAGAAGAGAAGGCGUAUCGUCACCAGGUUCACCUUGCAGAUCCGUAAGCUGGAGCGCCUCCAGAAGCUGCAUCUAGAUGCUGUCUCCUUCCUUGAGGGACACCUGGACCAGCUGCUUGGGUCCGUGAAGACCUCCUUGGAAGACCUGGAAGUGAUUCACUGUACUCUCUCAGAAUCAGAA